CGUUAUGAGCAACUUUAAGGAUAUCCUUAAGGAGAUCGGGGAAUUUGGCUUGUUUCAGAAACGUUUGGUGGCUGCAUUAUGCAUCCCCAGCAUAUUUGUGGCGUUCGAUGUAAUCGGCCAAGUGUUCACAGGUAUGAACUUUCCGCACCAGUGUAACACUGACUGGAUUUUGGAGCAGGGACCCAACCUGACUGAUGAAAAACAAAGAAAUCUCACCAUACCAGUUAACAGCGAAGGAACGUUUGACACAUGUAAAAUGUUCACGCCUGUAAGUUUGGACCUAGAAACCAUUGAGAGGUACGGACUUAACAACACAUCAGGAUGCACAGAUGGAUUUGAUUUUGAGAUAUCCAAAGAUGCCUCCAGCAUUGUGACAGAGUUUAACCUGGUGUGUGAAAGGAGCAGUUUCAUUGAGGCAUCUCAGUCUAUCUACAUGGCCGGCCUGCUGGUUGGAGCCUUUGUUCUGGGACAGAUGGCUGACAGGUUCGGACGACGCUUUGUAGUCCUGCUGUCACUCCUAAUAUUAUUUGUGUUUGGAUUAGGGAUCAGUUUCUCACCUAAUAUCUAUGUUUAUAUUGCUCUCAAAUUUGUUUGUGGUAUCUCGACAUCUGGAAUCGUUGCAAAUGCUUUUGUCAUUGGUGGAGAAUGGAGUGAUUCAUCAAAGUUUGCUCUCUGUACCAUCAUCUGCCAUGCCUUUUAUCCUCUUGGACUGAUGAUACUAUCUGGAGUUGCUUUUUUUAUCCGCAACUGGAGGAUCCUGCAGAUGGUGCUCUUUAGCCCUCUUUUCGUCGUACUGGGAAUCUUCUAUUGGAUUCUUCCAGAGUCAGCUCGCUGGCUCAUCACACAGGGCAGGAAGGAGGAGGCCAUAAAGGCAAUACGGAGAGCAGCUAAAGUGAACAAAAGAAAUGCACCAGAGGAGCUGCUAGAGAAACUGGAGGCUGAAGGACCGGUCAAAAAGGGAACCAUGCUUGACAUCUUUAGAUUGCAAUACCUAAGAAAACGAGCUCUGAUAAUGAGCUGCGCCUGGUUUGCAACAAGUCUGAUGUACUAUGGACUCAGCCUCAAUGUCGGCAACUUUGGUCUAGAUAUCUACCUCACACAGUUCAUCUUUGGAAUAGUGGAGUUUCCUGCUCGUCUGGGCAUUUUGCCCCUCCUGCAGCAUUUUGGAAGAAAACUUUGCCAAGCGGGGGUGCUAAUAUUUGGAGGUGCUGCCUGCCUUAGCAUACUUGUUAUACCAAAAGGUCUUCCUAUCGUGGUCACAGUCAUAGCCGUACUUGGUAAAUUUGCUGCCACUGCCAGUUUUGCCACAGUUUACGUUUAUACAGCAGAACUAUACCCCACUAUUCUGAGGCAGAAUGGUGUAGGUCUGAACUCCAUGUGUGCUCGAGUGGCAGGAAUCCUUGCUCCCCUGAUCCGUCUCUUGGAUGUUUACCACUAUACCAUCCCCAUGUUGAUAUAUGGCAUUAUCCCCAUCAUGACUGGUUGUCUCUGUUUGCUGCUGCCUGAAACCUGCAAUGUUGAACUUCAGGACCUUACUGAAAACAAAAAAUCCUCCAAUGAAACUCCUGAGAAUGGACCCUUUAAUCAAGAAGACAAGGCAGAAAAGUGUACUAAAUUGUAAUUUUUCAAGGUUACUAACUCUAUAUCUUGUAAAAUGGUCACAGUUAUUUUUAAGUACUGAGGAAUUUUAACAUAUAUCAUAAUGUGAAUAACCUUUAGAUUCAUAAUAUCUACAAUAUUUAAACUUUUGAACAUUCCAUUGAAAAUGCUGAAUUUUAAGUACUAAUUCAUUCUAUUCUCUCUGAAUUAUAUUGAAAAG